UUAUUUUAACGACGAUCAGCAAGUUUCUCGGAAACUUUAUGUCGACAACGACAACGAUCAUACAACAACGAAGUAUGAUGACCAUAGCUAUCAACUCACUCCAACGUUCCAGACUGUAAUUCCUAAAUAGUGGUCCAGUUCUGCAUCAUCAUCGGCAGGGCAUGAUGAGCACGGCGGCUACAGCUCCAGCAAUCAUAGCGGCCUCUGACUUGACGUCAUUCUAUGACAUUACCUACCCGACUUGAGAUUUUCCAAGGCAAUGGCCCCAAGUUUAGACAUAUAAGCAGCGCUUAUCUUUAGGUCACCAGCAGGUUCACAUCUUUGCGGUUCGCCAGCGUUAAUUACCUCUUUCCAACACACACCACUAAGCAAAAAAAGUUAUUGAAAUGGCUCCUCCUUCUUCCGUCCCAAAGGAAUACCGACCCGGAUACCUUCCCCCUUCCAUCACCGAGCAAGCACAAAAGGAUCUCCCAGGGAAGCAAAAACCCCUUGAUCCUACCCCCUUCAACGAUGUCAUGGCCGACGGCUCCAAGUACAAGCCCGCCGGCAAGCUUGAGGGCAAGAACGCUGUCGUGACCGGUGGUGACUCUGGUAUUGGUCGAGCGGUUGCGAUCCUCUAUGCUCUUGAGGGUGCCAAUGUGCUCUUUACCUACCACCCCAAAGAGGAAGCUGAUGCCAAGGACACCGUCGACGAUAUCAAGAAGAGGGUCCCCAAGGCCAAGGUUGAGGCUGUUGCGGUGGAAAUCCAAACAGAAAAGGCUUGCUUCGAACUGGCUGACAAGAUUAAGAAAUGGAGUGGGAACGAGCUUCACGUCUUGGCCAACAAUGCCGGUACUCAAAAGGAGAUCCCCAACAUCGAAGAUCUGCCUUCAGAGCAAUGGAGGCAUGUCUUCGACGUUAACAUCCACUCCAUGUUCUACCUUAUUAAGAGCCUUAUCCCUAUUAUGCCUUGGGGUUCUAGCAUUAUUAACAACGCUUCCAUUAAUCCCUUCGUUGGCCACCCUAAGCUCCUCGACUACACUGCCACUAAGGGCGCUAUUGUUGGUUUCAGCCGAGCUUUGAGUAACCAGAUUGUUGGCGAGAAGGGUAUCCGAGUCAACUGCGUCUGCCCCGGACCUAUUUGGACUCCUCUAAUUGUUGCUACCAUGGGCGAAGAGUCCCUCAAGGCCUUUGGUCCUGGCACUCCCAUCGGUCGCGCUGGUCAGCCUAUUGAGGUCGCCACGGCCUUCGUUUUCCUCGCCAGCAUCGACUCUUCUUAUUUCACUGCUCAGUGCUUCCACGUUAACGGGGGUAGCGCUUACUAAAUAAUUGUAAUUGAUCGGUUUAGCAAAUUUUGGUAACUCGGGUCGCCCGAUCAUUGCAGCGACAUAAAUAAUGAAGGAAUCUUAUUUCAUGAUUGAAUGUAUGAUAUUAACAACAAAU